CAAACCUCCAAUUUUUAUCCCUUGACAAGACGAUCUUGAAACCACAACAUCUGCUUGUGGUUUCACCAGGAAAAACAGAUCUCAGCGGCUUUUAUCGCCGCAUUCUCAAAUGACAGCAGCGUUUUUGAAUAUUGGCGGCUACCUUUUUGUCUUCUGCUUGUCGUUAUUAGCAACAUUGACUCCACACGUUGGAGCCAAUGUUGCUGUCUUCGACAACUACUGGUUACAACGUCAAGGCGAUGCGUUGAAACAAACCAUUGCCUCUUUCGAUCCUAAUCCUCUUAACGUCACCGACCAUUUGAAUUACCAUGUCGCUUUAGCCGUGGGCGCCACGGAAUCAAUCAACAGCACAAGGAGAGAGCUCUCACAGGUGAGAAAUGGCCGGAAACUAAAGAGAAGCGGAAAAUGCGUAGCGUACAACCCUAUAGACAGAUGCUGGCGAUGCCACGGUGACUGGGAGAAAAACCGUAAGAAACUAGCGGACUGUGUGCUCGGAUUCGGCAGGAGAACCACCGGAGGAAAAGACGGACCCAUCUACGUCGUCAACGACGCCUCCGAUGACGAUCUUAUCAACCCUAAGCCAGGAACGUUAAGGCACGCGGUGACAAGAGACGGACCGCUUUGGAUCAUAUUCGGAAGCAGCAUGAUCAUUAACUUGCAACAAGAACUGAUCAUAACGAGCGAUAAAACAAUAGACGGACGAGGAGCUAGGGUUUACAUCAUGGAAGGUGCUGGAUUAACGCUGCAGUUUGUGAACAAUGUGAUCAUACACAAUAUUUAUAUCAAGCACGUUGUUCCUAAGAGCGGUGGUUUGAUCAGAGACUCUGAGCAGCAUAUAGGGCUUAGGACAGUGAGUGAUGGCGAUGGAAUCAGUUUGUUUGGUGCAACUAAUGUUUGGAUCGAUCAUGUCUCGAUGACUAGAUGUUCAGAUGGUAUGAUCGAUGCGAUUCUUGGCUCCACUGCUAUAACUAUUUCCAACAGCCAUUUCACCGACCAUGAAGAGGUGAUGCUAUUUGGGGCAAAUGACAAGCACGUGAUCGACAAGAAAAUGCAGAUAACGGUUGCGUUCAACCACUUUGGUAAGAGACUGGAUCAAAGGAUGCCUCGUUGCAGAUUCGGAACGAUCCAUGUGGUGAACAAUGACUACACACAUUGGGAGAUGUACGCAAUUGGUGGAAACAUGAACCCUACAAUCAUUAGCCAAGGCAACCGUUUCAUUGCUCCUCCUAACGAACAAGCCAAACAGAUUACAAAGAGAGAGUACACACCUUACGUUGACUGGAAAAUGUGGAAUUGGCAAUCAGAAGGAGAUUACUUCUUGAAUGGAGCUUACUUUGUGCAAUCCGGAAAACAAAAUGCAUGGAGCCCUAAACCGGUUAACCCUGUCCCAAGAAAGUUUGCCAUACGACCUCAACCGGGAACAAUGGUACGUAAACUCACCAUGGACGCAGGAGCACUUGGGUGCAAGCCGGGCACACCCUGCUGAUUAAAAUUACCAUUUUGUCCCCUUCCAACCAAAAAAGCUCAUGCUUGUUAGUUGCUUGUUGUCCAAGAAAAGAGAGAAAGGAGAAAUUAAGCAGAAGGGAGUGUUUUCCUAUGAGUGGGGUUAAUUAUUCUUUUUAUAAUUCAGGUUCAUUUUCAUGUGGAAGAAAGAAAAAAGAAGAAAUAAACCUUAGAUCUAAUAUAAAAUCUCCCUCUAUUUUUUCAUUAAAUCUCUUGUCUUGUCUCAUGUGUUGAUGCUUCAAAAAGGAGAUAAAAG